GCUCGGUAAAUUUAAGCCAAAGCAGUGGCGUCGCUUGAAAAGCUUGCGGCAAGGAGGGCGGUGCCAGUGAGUUACCAUAGAGACUACGAUUCUGCGGCGUGGCGGGUGGAUUUCAACAAACACUUCCGAUAUCGAAUGGAAGCUUUUUUUUUUUUUUUCCCCACUGCCACCCUGGGUCGCGGCUUUCACGGCAAAGGUGCCAGCGACGGAGCAAAAAUAAAACGGCUUCCUUGAGACGUUGAAGACUAACAAGCACGCGCGUCCUUGGCCUGGAACCUAUCUCUUCAGGAGAACGAGCGACGCCACUCUAGAAUCCAUGUCACUUCAGCGCUGGAAGAUCAGGCUGUGUAUGACUGCAGGACAGAUAGCAAAGACUAUCUCUAUGGUCGCUGGGGCCUAUGCCUCCUUUCCUAGUCAUGACCUUUGCCGGAAGAGAGUGUUCUGCGUAGAGGUUUCCAUGGAAACGGAAGAUGGCGCCUCGGAAUCGCCAACUCUCUUCUACGCCUCUGGAGAUUCUGCUGUUCCUCAAUGGCUGGUAUUAUGCCACAUAUUUCUUGCUGGAGAUCUUCAUAUUUGUCUACAAGGGACUGCUGUUGCCAUAUCCCUCUGCAAAUCUGGCCUUGGACCUGGUUAUGCUGUUCCUUUACCUUGGAAUUGAAGUCGCCCGGAUAUUCUUUGGGUCAAAAGGGAACCUGUGUCAACGGAAAGUGCCACUCUCUAUCAGCUUGGCUCUAACCUGUCCAGCAGCUGUGAUGGCAGCCUACUAUCUUCUGCUGCAGACCUAUGCUUUGCGUCUGGAGGCCAUCCUCAAUGCUAUCCUGCUUCUCUUCUAUGCAGUUGAGCUGUUUCUUGGCAUUCUUACCCUGGCUUCCUUCUCCAGUUUGGAUUCCUACUGAAAAUCGUCACGGAUGGUAUUGCAUGGAAUCAUGUGCUCUUCAUAUAGGAAAGAGGCUGCAUGAAUCUUCUGUUGUCACGGGUAUGGCUCAAUAUCAUUUCCUUGAAAAAGCUGGAAGACAACACGGCCACUCUUCUCUUUCAACUAGGGAACCAUGAGGACAGUUUUCAAGAAAUCACUGGAACCACUGCUAGCCACAGACCCAGCAUCACCUUUGCAUUCCAGCUGGAGGAUGACAAGUUCUAUUCAGACUUUACAACUUGGAAAUUUAACUCCUGAAAGUUCAGAUUAUAGCUGCAAUUGCUGUGUCCACUGACUUCUUUGGUAUGGUAUAAUCUGAUGAUGGGCUCCAGUGUUCUAGCAUGUGUGCAGUGACUGUCACUGGGGCAUCUUUACCCAGUCUUUCCUAUGUGUGAUCUCCUGUAUCCAAUCCGUGAAAGGGAAGGGGAGAAUGACAAUAAGGGCAGUGGGGUUUUGUGUCCCCUCUCCAAUUCAGUAUUGUUAGUGUGUGUUAAGUGAUUUGUGACACUUUGUUUUUCUACUGUAUCCUUGGAAUAAAUAUUUAUUUUUCAA